AGUUCUCGAUUUGCAGACUGGAUGGAGAAUCGUUGAGACGCGAAUAAUCCGGGAACCAGUGCGGGAUAAGCCAUACAGUUGUGUCUAUGAGUUCUCUGAUAUUGGCACUGACACUAAAUUAAGACGGUUCAGACAUUACUUUGUCAUCAGCUCUGACAUAAAUUGUUGCCUAACCUAACAGAAAUAUCAGUGUUCAGAGACGUUGUGCAUAUCAGGGAUUUGCUGUUUCUUUCAAAUGGAUUUCUUAUUUAUAAACAUGUGAUGGAUUUGACAGAUGUUGAAUUAAUAAACUAAUAUCGAACACUUCCGAGGUCGUACAUUCAAAAGGAACAUUACAUUUUUCCUAAAAUAUGUGAAAACGGCUUUCUUUAACUAAGGCAUGUUGUGUUACUUUAGGUAGUGCGUGAUAUUUUAUCUGUGAUAUAAUCAAUAAUUAAACACAACACAUAAACAUGAAUCUCAGAAUAUGGCUCAAUGCGGUGCUACUGUGUGUUUUGAUAUCCGGCUGGAUCCGGUCGAUAGCUGCCGGCGUCCACGACGAGGACGACGAGGAUAAAUUAGCGUCCUCGCGACGCCGGUGUAGAUGCAAAAAGUAUUUCGCACAAAUCAACAGAGAUCCUUAAUAAACGGUUAGACGCGUUUGAAAACAAGUUUGAAAACUAUUUUUCGAGUUCUGGGAGUAACAGUGACUUAAACAGAAACGCUUCAAAAAGUGAAAUUCAGUUUAAUAUUCUGACUGAAAAUAUGAAUGAAACUAGGAACACGCUUCACAAAGAGAGCGUGACAUUAAAGCGGCUGCAACACCGCAUUCAGUCACAGGCAGUAACCAUAGACAAUUUAAACGCGAACUUUGACGCAUUGGAAUCUAUUGUGAACAAUCUCUCGAGAAUUGUGGACAAAUUUGAAUGGACGAUGCGAGCGAAUCUGGAGGCGAGGCCUGUGGAUGCGCCGAUACCGCCCCAUCUGGUAGUUCCCACAACACAGUCACCGAUAUACCCACGUGACUGCGACGAGGUGUACCAGAGCGGCGGCAUGCGUUACCUAGGAGACUACUACAUCCUCGUGAAGCCUGAGCGCUCCACCACGCCCUUCAGGGCCCUCUGUAAAAUAAUGGAAGGGGCAGGUUGGACGGUGAUCCAGCGGCGGCAUGACGGUCGGGAGAACUUCACCCGGGACUGGGAGGACUACAAACACGGCUUCGGCGACUUGCAGGCCGAGUUCUGGCUCGGCAAUGAAAACAUCCACCUCCUUACCACGCAAGACGACUACGAGCUGAGGAUCGUAAUGGAGGACUGGGACGGGAGGCGCCAUCACGCAGAGUACGACCGCUUCCGAGUGUCCGGCGAGCGCAGUAAUUUCAAGCUGCACGUGAGCGGCUACCAUGGCAACGCGGGCGACUCGCUGACGUCGUUCUAUCACAGUCACAGUGGCAUGGAGUUCAGUACGUAUGACCGCGACAACGACCGCCGCCUGUACGAUAACUGUGCGGAGCACUACGGGAGCGGCUGGUGGUACAACGACUGCUACGAGAGUCACCUGAACGGGAAGUUCUACCCACACGGUUCUCAUGACAACUUUUUCAUACGCGACGGCAUUCUGUGGAACAAAAUACAUCAGUACGCCUCCCUCAAGUCCACCGAAAUGAUGAUCCGCCCGGCGCCCAAAGCGAAACUGCCCAACGAAAUUUGAAACAAGGCACGCUCCGAAACAGCAUCGCUCAUCUUGUUAUGCAAAUGAAAACCGAUCAGUUGGCAUUUGUCUAUCAUCAAAUUAUGUCAUCAAUCGUUUCUAAGAAAAGAGAACCCUCCAUGGUACUCUACAGGCAUUCUUGGUUGAAUGUGGAGACUUGUUACGGUGUAUACUGCGGACAUGCGCUGAACGACAUACAUUCAUGGUACAUUGCGCAAACAAAUAAAUGGAUAAGCACAUCCUAGGAGCGCCCUCUGACGACCUCUCUCUGUUGACUGGACACGGCAAUCCACUUAUGAACUUCUCUAGCGCACGUGUACACAAUUAGGAAGGCAUGUGAGUUGAGAUCGAUUACUGAGCUGAGCUAAAAAUGCACGAUCGGGAAAAAUAAUGGGGACAAAAAUGUUACUUGGCAAAAUGGAAUUCGUGUUCAAGAAUAUAACAAUUUGCUGCUAGUUGAUGCAGUAACAAUAGUGGAUGUUUGUGAUAUACUAACGGUAGUUAGUUUCCUAUUGGUGGGAAUGUGAAACAAGUCUUUAAAGUAAAAUGGCAACGACUUUUGAUUAUGUGCAUUAAUGUUAAGUUUGUGUUUUCUCAUUUCUAUUGACUAUUAUUACGUUAUCUCUUGCUUAUUUCUAGAGGUUACUUUAACCUAUUUAUACCUAGCGUCUAGAAAAAGGCCUUGGCAAACAGCGUAGACCCAGAUGAGGCGCCGCAUGAUGCGGCGUCUCAUCAGUGUCUGCGCUGUUUGCUUAAAGGAAUUUCUGGAAGAAAUUUUCUAAAUAUACAAAUAAAUAUACUAGACACCCCUAAUUUUGGAAAUAGAUUGAUCCAAUUUAGAAUGAUGGGAGAGUCCACUAGGCAUAAAUGGGUUAAAACAGACGGAUUUUAGAAUAUAGCAAUACCAUCAAAUACAGUUAAGCUUCAAUAACCAAAUAGGACAUCAUAAAGCUAAAUACAGCUAACUAGUUGAAUACAUUAGGUUACGAUUUAAGCGUUUUGUAAAUAAUAUUUUGUAAUAAUAUCAGGAUGUAGAUGUUAAACUAUACACAAAUCGAAUUCACAUUGCAUGUUAAUAUCGGGUCUAAUGCAUUUCAGUGUUUUUCCUCUAUACCACUAUAGAACAACAUAAAGGAUGCUGUUCAAUGUUGAUAUCUUAUAAAUUAUAUUUAAAAUUUACAUUUUUCAGCAGCGUAAUUUAGUGCAUUAUUGCUCUCUUGAAAUACGCGUUUGUAUAUUAUCCUGUAAAAUAUGCCUUUUAUUUAGUCGUUUAUAUUGUUAACCCAUUUAUGCCUAGCGUCUAGAAAAAAGGCCUUGGCAAACAGCGUAGACCCUGAUGAGGCGCCGCAUGAUGCGGCGUCUCAUCAGGGUCCGCGCUGUUUGCUUAAAGGAAUUUCUAUAAGAAAUAUUCUAAAUAUGGAAGUAAAUAUACUAGAAAUCCCUUAUUUUGGAAAUAAAUUGAUCCAAUUUAGAAGGAUGGGAAAGUCCACUAGGCAUAAAUGGGUUAAAUUAGUCAACCCUUAUUAUGUCUCUCACCGAUAACACGCAUUAUUUCACUAACUAAGUUAGUUGUUAUUAAUAAAACACAGUAUUGGUGUAUUUUGCCGUAGGUUUGAGUAUAAAUAUUUUUGUCCACAUAAUGUUGAUUAUAAUUAUGGGCAUAUACUUGUAGCAUUCGUUUUUAAGUCGAGGUAUCAGUGUUUUAACUUCAAGCUAUUUACUGUAAAGUAUGUUAAAUAAGUAUUUGUUUUUGUUCGUGUCAUGUUUUCAAGAGUUUACAUUAAAACACUCACACUUACUUGAACGACAUAUAUAACGUAGUCCAUGAACAAUAAUUAUUCUUAAGAUAAUCAUAUUGUAAUUAAUUAUAUUAAUUGCACUUAAAUUAAGUACAUAUCUGCAUAUUAAAAGAAUGUAUGAAUCAGACUGUAAAUUGAUUUCUAAAUUGGUUUAUUUUCUUAAAAACUUUAUAAGAAAUUUCAAGAUUUAAAUCAUAUAUCAAUUUUACCCCACAUGUAUACUUAACCCUACGCGAAAGCAAUGUUUUUAAAAGUAUUUCUUGCUAUACAAGAAAGGGCGUGAUUGAUAUGUAACUUACUAUUUGCAGCAUGCAAAUUAUCACAAUUUACAUUCAUCUGCCCUUUUUAUACCAAAACAGGAGCGAGUGAUGUUAAAUUGACCUACUUAUAAAUCUUUAGUUUGGGCUUCUUAUUGUCAGUAUUGUGCAACCAUGACCUUUCAUUUUUUCCUUUCGUUUCAUGUUAUAUAGUUGAUAACAAAUAGUUUUAUGCUUAGUUUAUUAAGUUAACUAUUGCCAACACAGCGAUGGUGAGUCACCGCGACGAACAAAUGAAAUUUGUUAAUAGUAUCGUGUAUGCAAUAGACGUCUUUGAUGUAAUUUUAAAUGUAUUUAUACAUAAUUUUGAGUCGUACCACCAUACAAUCUGUAUCAAGCCAAAACAUUUGUACGAAUACAUGUUUUUAUUGUGCAUGUUAUUUUCAUUUAAAAUUUAUUUUUGAAUAAGAAACGAUCAACGUUCAUGUUUCGUUGCCAUUUGAACAACAAGCACCCUCUCCAUGCACACAGAUGGCGGCUGAUGAUGUAUUUUCAUGAUGUCAUCACAUUUUACACUCAUACAGAUUUUGAUACGCUAUGUUUAGCAGAACUGCCACCAUGCUACAUGUUUCUUUUUUGUUUAGUGCUAGUGACGUCGACAAGAACAGUGAUGUUUGAUUUUAUGUAGAGCUAGUUCAGUCAAUUCUCAUUCCGUUUAUAUUUUUUGUUAAUAUUUGUUUUUAACUAGUCACUAAUUUAUGUUAUUUUUUGUUGUUUAUUUUAACGUCAGUGUGCAAAUAUAAUAUACGAUCCCAAUUUUAAUAUUGCGAUAGAUAUUUUGAAGACAGAUUGCACGGCUAUCUAACUGAUUUUUGUUUAUAGUUAAGCAUUUUUUUAAGUAACGUUAUUAUUUCUUGAUUCCGCGAUCAAAUAAAACAAACUAUUACACAUGUAUUUCACUUGGUUUUAGUUUAACAAAGGCAUGGGUUUUAUUUUGAGUUUAAUUAAACGAGUAUGGUUGAAUAAUGGUUACUCACUGCAAUUAUAAACGAAUAACGUUUAAGCGCGCCUACAAACGAUUACCUAUUCUGAUUGAAAUACACUUGAAGUGAUUUAUGAAAAUAGUAGAAGUCGGGAAAAUAUAUAGAAAUCCAGAGUUAUUAUGUACCUCUUUAAAGUGUUUGCUAUGUAUAUAUAAUGCAUUUAAAAAUUUGCUGUAAAUAAAUGUAAUAAUAAUGUUAUGUAUAUGUGCAACUUUCUAUUGAAUAAACUUUGUUUUUUUAA